CCCCGCCGCCGCCCGCGGAGUCGGAGGAGGCGGAGCUGCUGCCGUCCCGGCUCCGGAGCGGGGAAUCGGUUGAGGAGGCGGCGCGGCGGGCCCGGGCAGCCGAGGCUCGGGCAGAGCGACCUGGGAGGCUGGCAGGUGGCGCCGGCAGCGCGGGGAGAGCGGCGCCGCGGGGUGGGCGCUCUGGGCGAGAGGAGUCCACUCCAUGCGUGCGGGCCGAGCUCGGCCCCUGCGAGCCGCCGACAUGAAGAAAGACGUGCGGAUCCUGCUGGUGGGAGAACCUAGAGUUGGGAAGACAUCACUGAUUAUGUCUCUGGUCAGUGAAGAAUUUCCAGAAGAGGUUCCUCCUCGGGCAGAAGAAAUCACCAUUCCAGCUGAUGUCACCCCUGAGAGAGUUCCAACACACAUUGUAGAUUACUCAGAAGCAGAACAAAGUGACGAACAACUUCAUCAGGAGAUAUCACAGGCUAAUGUCAUCUGCAUAGUUUAUGCUGUUAACAACAAACAUUCUAUUGAUAAGGUAACAAGUCGAUGGAUUCCUCUCAUAAAUGAAAGAACAGACAAAGACAGCAGGCUGCCUUUGAUCUUGGUUGGGAACAAAUCUGAUCUGGUGGAAUAUAGUAGUAUGGAGACCAUCCUUCCUAUUAUGAAUCAGUACACAGAAAUAGAAACCUGUGUGGAGUGUUCAGCAAAAAACCUGAAGAACAUAUCCGAGCUCUUUUAUUAUGCACAGAAAGCUGUUCUUCAUCCAACAGGGCCCUUGUACUGUCCAGAGGAGAAAGAGAUGAAACCAGCCUGCAUAAAAGCCCUUACUCGUAUAUUUAAAAUAUCUGAUCAGGAUAACGACGGCACUCUGAAUGAUGCUGAACUCAACUUCUUUCAGAGAAUUUGUUUCAACACUCCAUUAGCUCCUCAAGCACUGGAAGAUGUCAAGAAUGUAGUCAGAAAACAUAUAAGUGAUGGUGUGGCUGACAGUGGAUUGACCCUCAAAGGUUUUCUCUUUUUACACACACUUUUUAUCCAGAGAGGGAGACAUGAAACUACUUGGACUGUGCUUCGACGAUUUGGUUAUGACGAUGAUCUGGAUUUGACACCUGAGUAUUUAUUCCCCCUGCUAAAAAUACCUCCUGAUUGCACUACUGAAUUAAAUCAUCAUGCAUAUUUGUUUCUCCAAAGCACCUUUGACAAGCAUGAUUUGGAUAGGGACUGUGCUUUGUCACCCGAUGAGCUUAAAGAUUUAUUUAAAGUUUUCCCUUACAUACCGUGGGGGCCAGACGUGAAUAACACAGUUUGUACGAAUGAAAGAGGCUGGAUAACCUACCAGGGAUUCCUUUCACAAUGGACGCUCACAACCUAUUUAGAUGUACAGCGGUGCCUUGAGUAUUUGGGCUAUUUGGGCUAUUCAAUAUUGACUGAACAAGAGUCUCAAGCUUCAGCCAUUACAGUAACAAGAGAUAAAAAGAUCGACCUGCAGAAGAAACAGACUCAAAGAAAUGUGUUCAGAUGUAAUGUAAUUGGUAUGAAAAACUGUGGGAAAAGUGGAGUUCUUCAGGCUCUUCUUGGAAGAAACUUGAUGAAGCAGAAGAAAAUCCGUGAUGAUCAUAAAUCCUACUAUGCGAUUAACACUGUUUAUGUAUAUGGACAAGAAAAGUAUUUGUUGUUGCAUGAUAUCUCAGAAUCAGAAUUUCUAACUGAGGCUGAGAUAAUUUGUGAUGUUGUGUGCCUGGUAUAUGAUGUCAGUAAUCCCAAAUCCUUUGAAUACUGUGCCAGGAUUUUUAAGCAACACUUUAUGGACAGCAGAAUACCUUGCUUAAUUGUAGCUGCAAAGUCAGACCUGCAUGAAGUUAAACAAGAAUAUAGUAUUUCACCUACUGAUUUCUGCAGGAAACACAAAAUGCCUCCACCACAAGCCUUCACUUGCAAUACUGCUGAUGCACCCAGUAAGGAUAUCUUUGUUAAAUUGACAACAAUGGCCAUGUACCCAGAGGAUCAUUACAGAGACAGAAUCUCCCGAGACAUGGGCAACACUGAUAGAAUAGAGAAUUUGAGAAAAAUCUGGGUCUUUCUAAAAACUGCUUUCCAUGCCCGGUUACGCUGUAUGUGCACCUGCAACAGGUGUACAUUUUGCAUCUGUCAGAACUUCCUCAACUCAGACUUGCUGCAAUCUGUAAAGAACAAAAUCUUCACUGCAGUUCUUAACAGUUUUAGUUCUGCCCUUUAGAUCAACACACGACUAUUCUACUCCCUCUUCAACAUAGCAAUUCUUCAGACAUUUGAAGAUGGCCAUCAUGUCUUCCCUAAUUUUCUCUUCUCCAGGUAGAACAUCCCCAUUUCUUUCAGCUUUUCUUAAAUUAGUCGGUCUGAUGACCCAUCGUUCCCAAUUAGCCUCAUCUGAAAGCCCUUUUGGUUUUCGGAGGACCUCUUAGUGGUGGUAGUGCCCUAAAUGUGGCCUAGCUAGUCCAGGACAGUGGCAGUCAUGUUCCACAGUUAGGACAGCACCUGUCCAGUGCAUGAGUUAACUCUUAGCAGCCCUGUCCCACUGUUGGCAUCCACUCUUGGGUUAAUUAAAACCACUUUUCUUAUAUGAAGUGCUAUGAAGGUGGAUGUCCUCUCCUCCCUAAUUGUGUUUGACAUUUUUAGUUGAUUCUUUGAAUCUAAAUGCAGAUGUAUAUCUCUAUUAAAUGUCACAUUCUUCUUUUUGAUUCAUUUGUUCUAGCUCAGUCAUUUCAAACAUUAUUUUUGUCACUUGUUCCAUUAUAUAUCUCUCUCAACAUUGUGUUAUUUGCAAUUUUGUAAAUAUGUCUUAUCUUUCAAACUACUCAUAAAGCCAGAGAUUGGAGAGAGAGCUAAAGUGAUAAAGUCCCAUAUCACCCCACUAAAGGACUAUUUCUCUGAUAAUAGGUUCAAUAAUUUUAUUCCUAGGUUGGUUAAAUCAGCUUCCAAAUAAAAUAAGUUGGAUAUGCAUUAAAUGGUUGUACUAGCUCAUAGUAAAUUAUUCUCUACAGCCAUCCUCAAAAAUCAGUAUAUUUUUGUCAUAUCUGCUUAUUAACUGGAAGUAAUUUGGUAAUAAUGUCAGCAUCAACAUGCAUCGCUGACAUCUGGUAACCAAGAGGGGGGAGAAUGAAAAAGAUGAAUAGGGAAACCAGUGUACCUCAAAGAACUCCUAUACCCUUGCUAAUAUCUCAUUCAUUUGAUAGAAGCAGAAUUUCAGGGACUCUAUAUUGAAGUUUCUUUACCAAAAAUUUAUAGGUAAGCAAGGUAGGAGCAUGAGGACCGAAAGCUCGGUGUCUAGGGUCUAGAUAGAUAAUGUAAAUGAGGCCGGCGCCGCGGCUCACUAGGCUAAUCCUCCGCCUAGCGGCGCCGGCACACCGGGUUCUAGUCCCGGUUGGGGCGCCGGAUUCUGUCCCGGUUGCCCCUCUUCCAGGCCAGCUCUCUGCUGUGGCCAGGGAGUGUAGUGGAGGAUGGCCCAGGUGCUUGGGCCCUGCACCCCAUGGGAGACCAGGAAAAGCACCUGGCUCCUGGCUCCUGCCAUCGGAUCAGCGCGGUGCGCCGGCCGCAGCGCGCCGGCCGCGGCGGCCAUUGGAGGGUGAACCAACGGCAAAAGGAAGACCUUUCUCUCUGUCUCUCUCUCUCACUGUCCACUCUGCCUGUCAAAAAAAAAAUAAAAAAUAAAUAAAAAAAAUUGUAAAUGAAUGACGGUGGCCAAGAAUAAGAAACACGGGGGAAGUAGGGACUGUGGCAGGCCCUGUCUAAUAGAGGCAGCCACCCCUUAGCUCUGCCCAUUUGUUGCUGUGCAUGCCUGGUGUUGCCAGGUUUUCUGAUUCUAUAAUAGACUGGAAAUUAAGAUAUUUAUGUGAAAUUUUCUGAUAUUUAAAGAAUAGCAAUUUUAAAAAUCUAGAAGUACUACUCAGUGUAUCUGCAAACAUUAGACAUUGACAUGCCCCCAGUUUGCAGCCUCAGUCUUAGGAUAUGGCCGAAAGUUGUGAAAAUGGAGGCCACAAAAUAAAGAGGACAUUUAAGGAAUGAUAAUGCCUCCAUUCCAGCCCCACUCCCAACAUUUUACCUUCCUCGUGAGAAGUUUGGAAAAGUUACUGCCAGUGGGGUAAGGGUGGGACCACCCUUUCCUGUGCCCUCUCAGCAGCCCUUGGGGAUUGGUCCCUGUUGGUUUGCUGUGUAAGACGUAUCUUAAUAUUAUAUAAGCAGAGAAAUGGUUGAGUAAAGUUUUUCACUGUGCUUCAUUCAGUAGGGAGCUCUCCCACUUGAGUUUUGUUUUUAGCAAUUAGAACUGCCAUGCUUAGUGUUUCAUUCAGGACUGUAGAACAGUUGCUCUAAAUGGUUUGCUCUUUUUAUUUAAGCAAAAAGUUCUGUUAUGUGCUUGCAAAGAAUUAAAUUGGGCAAAUAUUGAUAUAUACAUGCUAGUCUCAAAUUAGCAUGUUAUGUUAUUGUGGCUGUAGAAAUUUCAGUCAUUGAAAUAGAAGUUAUUACCAGACAUGAUAACAUGUUUGAGGUGCCUUUUUCUGGCUCUGCCACCACCCUCUUCCCACUUUGAGUUAUUCAUUCAAAGUUCUGAAUUUAAGUACCUGCAUUGGGUAGAGACUCCUAUGACAUGGGGCAGAAUAUCAAUAUGAAUAAAACAUUAUACCUGCCUGUUAACUACCUUUCUAAAUAUUAUGCAUUUUAUUUAAAAAAAAAAAAAAGGUUUUUUAAAACUUUGGUAUACUUCCAGUGACCAUAGUCCUUUGUGCUAGAAAAAGAAAGUGCUAUAAAUUGAUUGUGAGUUUAGGUAUUUUCAAUAGGUUAAUUUCUGAAGCUCACUUUUUCUUUUUCCUGUCACCAGGAAAAUUAAGUCUUUUUUAUUGAGCUUAUUUACUAAUACUACAUAUUUUAACAAAGUGCUGAUAAAAAAUUUUUAUUUCAAAUUUAGUUGAAUAUGUAUUGAAUUCAACUUGUGAGAAUAGGGUUAAAUUACACAUACAUUUAACUCAUAUAUAACUUUGUUCUUUCGUAGUUAUAUCUCUUUGGAUAGGUUUAGUUUUUCUUUGGAAUAAUUUAUGAAUAACUGGAAUUAUUUGAGUUUAAGUACACUUGGAGGAUGAGUAACAUAUGGUCAGAUGAUUUUAAUCCUUGGAAAUGUUUCCAUUUCCAAUGUUGUAAAUGUAAUUGGGGCAAAACACCCUUAGAAUACAUCUUAAUGUUUAAAUAUCUUCUGAAUCUGAAAGUGAUAAAAUGAUUAUGUAGGAAUGAGCUUGAUUGUUGGUUUGAACUACCCAGGAUUUUUAUUUAGGAAAUAUUUAUUAUCCUGACUUAAGAACUCUCCAACUUUUCAUGAGGACAUUACUGUGUUGUGUUGUGCUGUGAACUUUAAUUUUCUCAUUUCCUUUAGGUGUUCAUUUCCAUCUGUCUGCUGCUUCGUCAUUUCUUAAUCCUCUUGAUCUCUUUCCCAGUUAGGUUUCUAUGUGUAGUCCUUACACUUUCCUAACCUAUAAUUUAACCAAAAUUGUUUAUGUUGCACUUUAUUAUUUGGGUAUCAUUUACUUUGAUGGCAUCUUUUAGUUUUAGGAUUUCUUUCAUUCCAUUUUAUUAUUUGUGUUGGCCAAAUCAGUUAUUUGUUCAUGUCACUUCUUAAGUUCAGUAGCAGCAUUUUAGUGUGACAACAGAUUAUAUAAUUCACACUGAGUAUUUAUAGAGACCCAAAGGAAUGAGAGACCACUGUGUUUUCACCCUAUUGUUUAGUGCAUUUUAAUGGAAUAUAUGUGACAUUUAUUUUAAACCACUCAUUAAUGACUCACUUCAUUUACCCAUAUUGCUUUAAUAAUUACCCACGUUCCUCCUUUAUGUAGUUUAAACUUAUGUAACAUAGGAGCCCUUUGAUAAAGAAAGGAUUUUACUAUCAUCAGAUCUAAAUGCACUACUUUUUAUAGGAUGAUUGCUUUAUGAAGAGGAUAAGUUCCCAGAAAGCUUAAGGUUGUUUGGUGUUGAAAAUCUAAGAGUUCCUAGGAAAUUAUGUUAUAGUAAAAUAAUUGUCUCCAAGUAAGUCCAGUAUUUUAGUUUCUUAUGAAAGGUUUAUAUUUCCUUGUACAAAGGUCCUUUCAAGGUUGUUGUUUGAAUAUGUAUAUGCUGUCGUAUGUUUAUUUAUUUAUUUUUAAAAAUUGAUUUAUUUAGAAGAGUUACAGAGAGAGAGAAGUCUUCCAUCCACUGGUUCACUCCCUAGAUGGCCACAAUGGCCAGGGUUGGGCCAGGCCAAAACCAGGAGCCAGGAGCUUAAUGCAGGUCUCCCAUGUCAGUGAUAGGGGCGCAAACACUUGGACCAUUUUCCACUACUUUUCCCAGGCCAUUAGCAGGGAGCUGGGUCGGAAACAGCAGCUGAGACACAAACCAGCUCCUGUAUGAGAUGCCGGCAUUCCUGGCGGUGGCUUUACCUACCAUGCCACAAUGCUGGCCCCAUAAAUUUAAAAUUGUACAAGAGUAUAUGUUAUAAAUUCUCAGUAAAAAAAGCUACUGCUGAUGCUCAUGAUUUAAAACAUUUUGCUGUUUACUGUUUUAAAGGACGUGACAAGGUGGAGUUUCUCCCAUCUGAUCUUCAAGUGUCACUAAUUAAUAUAGAGGUAUUGCAGUGUUUCCUGUGUGUUUCUGAUUAUCUGUAAAUCCAGAUUCUUUAAUGCUUGGCGGAGCUUUUCUUUUUUUAAGAUUUAUUUAUUUAUUUGAAAGUCAGAGUUACACAGAGAGAGGAGAGGCAGAGAAGGAGAGGUCUUCCGUUCGCUGGUUCACUCCCCAGUUGGUCACACGGCCAGAGCUGCACCAAUCCAAAGCCAGGAGCCAGGAGCUUCUUCCAGAUCUCAACAUGUUAGUGCAGGGGCCCAAGGAGCUGGGCCAUCUUCCACUGCUUUCCCAGGCCAUAGCAGAGAACUGGAUUAGAAGUGGAGCAGCCGGGACUUGAGCUGGCACCCAUAUGGGAUGCCGGUACUGCAGGCGGCGGCCCCAACAAAGCAUUUCUUGACAUUGCUGCACACUCAUGUCCUCUCCAAAGUAUACUACUCUUUAGGCAUGCUCAGUUAACAGCUUGCUUAUGAUUUUCAUUCAAAUUCAUCUUUGCUACACAUGUAUGGGUUUUUUAACCUAUUUUGAGAAACAUCUUGUUAAAAUAUUUCAUGCCUACUAGUUCAGUCAGAAGAAUUGUCAUUAUUAAAAUAUUACUAAUGGGGCCAGCGUUGUGGCAUAGCAGGUAAAGCUACCGCCUGCAGUACCGGCAUCCCAUAUGGGCACCAGUUCCAGUCCUGGCUGCUGCACAUCCGAUCCAGCUCUCUGCUAUGGCCUAGGAAACAGUAGAAGAUGGCCCAAGUCCAUGGGCCCCUGCACCUGCGUGGGAGACCUGAGAAAAGCUCCAGUCUCCUGGCAAAAAUAUUACUAACUACAGUGGCACUAUUAUUGGAAGUAAAUAUAGAAAAUACUUUACCAGAUAGAAACAUUGAGGAGUAAAAGCAGAGAGAUCCAGAAGACUUAAAAAAAAAAAAAAAGUAUAAUAUUUAAAAACAGAAAACUUGACUAUAGUGACCUCAGUACAGUUUUCAACUAGAGAUAUGUAAUUGCAAAUUUUAAGAAGUUGUGUAUGAUAACUCUACCCUAGUAACUUUAGGUGAACAUGUAUUACAGUUGGUUGGCUGUUUUAAAGUAUGACCUUAAAAAUUCAUACCUGAGAUGUACAUUUGGAUAGAGUCAUAAAAAUAGAAGACCGUUCAUAUUAGUACAUUUGUAUACCUCUGAUUUAUGUGGGGAAAGGACAAAAAGGACUAGAUAAGAAGAAUGAAAAAUAGAAAAGUCUAAGUGGUUUCUGAGAUGCUAUGUAGGUAAUUUGAUUAAAUUAGCUCUCUGGGUGGAGCUGCUCUGAGUGAAGUCUCUUAGCUUUGUUGCUUUUCAAUAUGUUCUGUUGAACUUAACCUUUCCUCUGCAUAAUACCCUGCAGUUUAAGAGAAGGCUAAUGGAUUAUCUAGCUGAAUUCAUCCUCUUCCUCAAAUUCUGAUUUUUGUAGAUGUAGGUCUCUAUAAUAUAGUUUUAAAAAUACAUCUGACAUUUUAUUUAUUUGGGAGACUAAGAAGGACAGACAGACAGAGGUGCUAUCCACUUAAUCAUUCCCCAAAGGGCUACAACAGCCAGAACUGGGCCAGUACAAAGCUGGAAGCCAAGACCUUAAUCUAGGGCAGGAACCCAACAACUAGAGCUAUCAAUGCUGCCUCCAAGUGUCUGGUUAGUUGAAAGCUGGAGUCAGGAGCCUGAGCUGGAACUUCAAACCCAGGCCCUCUGAUGCAGAAUGCAGACAUCUCGACCAGCAUCUUCACUGUUAGACCAAGCUCCUUCCCUGCAGUGUAGUUCUAAUACUCAGGACAUGAAGUCUUGUCACAGAUUAUAAAAAAUAAUUUCAACCAGAGUGUUAAAAAUACCCUAUUCUGAAAUAGCUAGAAUGGAUUUAAUUCCCUUUGGCCCUUUAGAAUUUGAUAUUUUAUGUUUCUAAAUAUUAUGAUUGAUAGCAUUCCCUUAAUUUACUAUUGAUUAAAAACAUUGAGCUGAUAAUUCAUGUUUUUAUAUUCACCAUAAAUUGCAGAAUGAAUCAAGAGCAGGUUUUUGUUUUUUUGUUUUUUGUUUUUGUUUUUGUUUUUUGCCUUCUUUAAGGUAUUCAGUGCAAGGAUAUAUGGGAAUCUUGGUCACCUUUAUAUGCUGUGUGAUUGUUCACACAAACAGUUCUUCAUUUCACUCUUUAUUGCGUGAAUUUUGACAUUUUCUUCUCCCUGCAUUAAGUAGCUGUUUAACAUGAGGGAGUCUUCAAAAAGUUGAUGGAAAAUGCAUGUUAUGAAUAAACUGUGCAUGGAUUUCAAAAAUGUUUUGUUUUGAACCAAAACAAGCCUAUCUUUUAAUUCCAUCUUUUGAGUACCCUCAUAAUACCCAAGUGCAGAUACAUUGGGUGGCCCCACACAUGUGUCAGAGAGCGCUUGACAGCAGAUAUCCAUAAGUGCCUUCGGUACUUCUAAGCCAGAAAGCCAGUAACCCAGACUCAGGAGUUUUCACACAAGAACUGGAAAGCUCUGACAAGCUGCAAAGGAUUAAUUAGGGUUAUCUUCCAACACUUAGUCAUUAUUUCUUAUGUUCUAAAAAAAGACACUGCUAAACAAAAUGAUAUUUCACACAGAAUAGGAAAAUUUGGUGAUUCUGAUGUAUUUGUAAAAAAAAAAAAAUUAACCCUGUAAUAUUCAUUUCCAGGAAGCCUACCGUAAGGAAUAUA